UCUUGUUUACCGUCACCACAGCAACGCCCGCCAUCUUGUUUGGCGUCCCCACAGCAGCGCUCCGGCCGGGCCGGGCCGUGCCGGGGCCAUGGCGGGCGCGGGGCGGCUGCAUGACCUAAACCUCAGCGCCGAGGAGGCGGAGCGGCUCCAGCGCGCCUUCCGCGACGAGCGGUUCCGCACGCUGUUCGCCGAGUACGCGGCCGAGCUGACCGACCCCGAGCAGCGCCGGCUAUACGAGGAGGAGGUGGCGGCGCUGGAGCGGGAGCGCGGCGUGGAGGUGCGCUUCGUGCACCCGACGCCGGGCUUCGUGCUACGGACGAGCCAGGCGGGCUCCCGCCGCUGCUACAUCAAUGUCUGCAGCAACGCGCUGAUGGGGGAGCCGCGGGCCCGCGCCGAGCGCGGCGGACAGCGCUGGGAGCUGCCCUACAGCCUGGCCCCGGGCCGCGAGGAGCUGCGCCCCGCCGGCCGCCGCCGCCUCCUGUACGACGUGGUGUUCCACCCGGCCGCGCUGCGCCUGGCCGCCCGCAGCGCCCGCUUCCGCCGCCUGCUCUGCGAUACGGCGCUGGAGGCUGUGGAGAGGCACUGCGGGGUGGGGCUGGACCGCAACAACGCCACCGUCCUGCGAGGAGUCUCCUACAAGGGCGUCCCGCAGGCACCCAUCCUCCGCUCCCCGCUGCCCGGCGGCGCCCCAAAGCCACCCGACGACGGAGACUCCCCGCUGCCGCCCUUCCCCUUCCCGCCCGCCCCCGGAGGCUCCUCGCCCGCCGCGCCCCCGCCGCCCUCCGGCCCCACCACGCCGCGCUGGAGCAUCCGCCACCGCUCCUACGUGGACCUGCAGGACUACCGGCACUGCCGCGACUCGGCGCCCAGCCCGGUGCCGCGGGAGCUGGUUGUGACGGUGGAGCUACCGCUGCUGCGCUCUGCCGAGCAGGCGGAGCUGGAGAUUCGCGGGCGGGAGCUGCGGCUGGACUCGCACUGUCCCGCCUACCGCCUGCGGCUCCACCUCCCCUACGACGUGGACGAGCGCGGCGGGCGGGCCGCUUUCAACCGGGCCCAGCGGCAGCUGCAGGUGACGCUACCCGUGGUGCCGCCGCCCGGCCUGCGGGAACCGCCGGCCCCGGUCGAGGAGCAGCUGGAGGGGGCCGAGCCCGCUGCCGAGGGGCCGGCAGAGGCAGAGGCGGCAGAGGCGGGCGGCGGAGCGGCUCCUCCCCCGGAACGCGGCCCUGGCGGCGCGGCCCGAAGCACGUGGGGCGGCGGGGAGCCCGGUGACCCACCCGCCGAACCCCCCGCUGACCCACCCGCUGGUCCGUCUGCCGAGUCCCUCGCUGAACCAGCCGCUGAACGCCCCGUAGAACCACUUUGUGAUCCACCCGCUGAUCCCCUCACUGAACCCCUGGCUGAAACUCCCCUUGAUCCAACCUCUGAGCCCUUUGCUGACUCCCCUGCUGAACCUGCCACUGAUCCAACCUCUGAACCCCCUGCUGAAUCCCCCGCUGAUCCAACCACUGACCCCCGCUCUGAACCCUUCACCGAACCUGCCACUGAUCCCCUCGCUGGUCCACCGGCUGAUCCACCCGCAGAACCACCCACCGAGCCCCCGGACCUGCCACUGCCCCGCUCCGCUGCUGCUUCCCCCGUGGCCAGCCCCGAGCCAGCCAUGCCCAGCGGGAACACCCCUCCGCAGGCCUCAGAGGGCCACCCCAGCGAGAUGGCCACGUGCCCUCCCUUCCGUGCCCGGCAGGACGAGGCGUCCCUCACGCUGCUCCUGCUCGUGCCCGGCAUCCAGCCCCAGAGCCUCCACGGGGACGUGGGCACCCACCACUACAGCCUCAGCUUCUGCACCGACAGCGGUGCCUUCGCCCUGUUCCUGCAGUUCCCUCCCGCAGCCAGGCUCGUGUCCCCCGAGAGCAGCGUCAGCGUCUCUGCCCACAACGCCGUGGUGGGGCUCGCCAAAGCCCCCGGCAGCACCGGGCUCUGGGAGAAGUUCAGCUUCGGCCUCGACCCCUCAGCUCUGCAGGAAAGGUUGUUUGUCAGUGAAGAGAACGUUGAUGGAUUUCUAGGCACUGCUUUCUGCCCUUCCCCUUGCUCCCAAUCAGCACUGGAAAGCCAGCCAUUAAUUGAAGUGCUGGAUGUUACUGAGGACAGAAUUCAAAUCAGGGUGGAGCCACAGGAACGCGAUGCAGAGGGAACACUUGGCAGCUCAGGGGGAGCCCUUGCUGGAAAGACCAACAGCAACUACCCUGAAACAAAGGCAGAAACAAACUGUCCUGCAGCUGAGGAACGUGCUGCAGGAUCCACCCCAGCUCCCACAGCUGAAACAAUAGGAAAAGUAGGCUGUGCUUCACACCAUUGUUUGCAGCAUGAACCUCCUGACACCAGUUCAGCGAUUCCUGGCGGAUCUGGGAGAAAGGAGCCCGAUUUAGAAAGUGCUGCUGCAGCAGGAGAUACGGCCCCGGCCCCAGGCUCUGGAAAACAAGGAAAACUGAUGGCGGGUCGGGAUGAGGAGCCACCCCCAGAGCUGGGCAGCAGGGCAGGCUCCCCCAUCCUGCGGGAGGUGAACCCCGAGGACGGGAGCGUGCGGAUCCUGCGGGAUCACCGAACGCACUGCCCCGUCGUGUUCCACAAUUCUUUGCUCUAUGAGUUGGAUUAGUUUCAUUAUUUUAGAAUUUCUUUCUGUUGUUUGAUGCUUGCUCUGACUUCCAUGUGCUGGUGGAUGACUUCAGGGCUCAGAGAGGUUCCCACUGAAACUGGUGCAACAUCAAAACCUUAUGUUGUUAACAAUUUUUGGAGUUUAACAAUUGUACGGAAAUAAUUUUACUUAAAAGAAAAGUUGCAGUUGGAGGUGACUUCGAGCUCCUGGAAAAAAAAUGUAUCUUUAUUGUUUACAUAAAUUUUUUAUUCUCUUCCCACGUUUCAGGGAUUAUUUGUAUAUAUCCUUAGUCUAACAGCUCCCUCGGGAAUUGAGCAGUAUUCAUCAUUUUCCAAACCUUUCAUUUGGUGCUAAUUGCAGGAUUAGACUUGCAGUGAUUCUUAGCAAUCAAAUGAAAUUUCUAAUUAUCCGGAGAAGUUCUAAUUAGUCUCCUAGAAAUAAUCAACAUUUAUACGCUGCAUUCCAUCCUAGUGCUGUGCUUCAGAUCUGCAGCACCCAGAUAUCCCCCAGCUGAACAAAUGCCAUUGCACAAGAACAUCCUCUGGGUGCAUGUCUGCUCUGAAGUAUUUACAAUUCGUGAAAUGGAUUCUCUUUAUCCAGAUUAGAUUUAUUUUCCACAGUUUCCUUCAAGUUUCAGCGUUUCUCACCUCUCUAAAGCACAAUAACCAAGAGAACACAUCUAAGAAUAAACUUCCUGUUCCCCUUUCUCA